GGCUGUUCUACACCUGCGUUUAAAUAUGGCUGAGCACAAACAUCUCAAUUUCCCAGACAAACUCGCGAUCAGUCCUUUGCUUCCACAUCAUGCAUACUCCACGUCCGCUUUUCUUGAUGAACAACAAGUUGUCUUUGGUGCUGAGGCACAGCGAGAAGGGAUCGAGACCUACGGGAUCGCAGGCCGCGUUUGGGAAGCAGCAUAUUUAAUGACCAGCUACAUUGACCAUCCUUCUACUUGGGAGUUCGAUCCGCCCUUGAUCGAUAAGCAUUCAUCCGGGCGCAAACGUGUUUUUCUCGAACUCGGUUCUGGCACAGGCAUCGUUGCAGCGAAAAUAGCACAAACGGCUGCGUUGUGCGGGCGAGAUCUAGUUAUUGCAACUGAUCUGCCCGAAGUCUGCCCGCUUCUGGAGAAGAAUCUUUUCGUCGCGGAUUCAGCAAAUACGCAGGUUGCUUUAGUACGACCUCUUUCGUGGGGGAGCUAUGAUCAUGCCAUCAACAUCGCACGAGAACUUAAGCUCGUAGAUGAAUCAAAUGGACACGAGCACGGCUGUAUCACGCACAUCAUAUGCAGCGACCUUGUAUAUUUUCCGGAGCUUAUGGCGCCCCUCCUACGUACCCUCCUCCAUCUGACUUCUCUUCCCUCUGUCUCCAUCUUCGAGUCACAACCGCGAAUCAUCAUUUCAUACAAAAUUCGGAGUCUCUCUAAAGAGACCCCAUUUUGGUCGGCAUUCGGCCUAUGGUUCUCGUUUGAACCUGUUGUUGUACGAAAGAUUGACGCGAACAACUCGCUCUCUGAGUGGCAGCGAUUCGGGUCUGACACAGGAGAUGAUGGCGAUCUGGCAUUCAUCUUCGUGGCACGUAGACGUUCAGAAUCAUUGAAUUGGAUGAUUCCUUCGGAGGAUAUUGAUCUACUUGGAGGAGUCGGCGCAAAGGGAACGUGUGGCAAGAAGUACGAUGAGACAUUCGAAACCUUACUCCUCAUGGGACUCGGAGAGUGAUACUCAUUGAUUUUAAAUAUUACAUGCAAUACUCGUUCGGAAACAUA